GCCUUCGCAUGAUUUGUGAAAAUUUUUAUGAAUCAUUUUACUGUCCUCUCCGGAUAAAAACAAACGUAAACAUCACACACACAUUAGCAACAGAACAGUUGCCGGUUAUGUGACAUCGUCAGUUCUCUUCUGAUAGUAGACCAACAUACAACUGAUACCAGCUGUAUUACGAUGAGUAAGUCAGAGCCGCGAUACUGUGUCAUCGGUGCUGGAGUGGCUGGAUUGUGUGCUGGCAAAUGUGCACUACAAGCUGGGGGACAAGUUGUGAUUUUCGAACAAACGGACCAAAUCGGUGGUACUUGGGUGUACACCGAUGCGACCGGGAAAGACAAGAAUGGUUUGCCGAUUCACAGCAGCAUGUACGAAGGACUGUGGACGAACCUUCCGAAGGAGGUCAUGGGUUUUCCGGAUUAUGAAAUGCCCCCACAAGAUCGGUCCUACAUUCACUCGAGCGAGGUGUUACAGUUUGUACAAAAUUAUGCAAAUCAUUUUGGUGUGGUGAAGCACAUACAGUUUGAACAUUCGGUUGAACAAGUGAAGCCUUUCGGGAACGAUCAGUGGGAAGUCCAAGUCAGAGAUCUUAGACGGAAUGAACGUGAAACGUUGAUAUUUGACUACGUGUUGGUUUGUAAUGGUCAUUAUUUUGAACCAGUGAAACCAAAUUUUGAAGGAAAUGAUCUGUUCCAAGGUAUUCAAUUGCACAGUCACGAGUAUCGUAAACCAGACAUUUUUAAGGAUCGAAAUGUUCUACUGAUCGGAGCUGGCCCUAGCGGCAAAGAUCUAGUUUUUGCCGCUGCCCCUCAAGCCAAUAAAGUCUUCUUCAGUCACCACGUUCCAGAUAAACUGAAAGACAUGCGAUUCCCGGCCAAUGUUGUGCAGGUCCCCGAUGUAACUCGACUACAUCAAACUCAGGUUGAAUUUGUCGACGGAUCCUUUCAAUCGGUUGAUCUCAUUGUCUACUGUACGGGAUAUCGCUACAGUUUCCCGUUCUUGCACGAGUCGUGCAAAAUCGAAAUUGACAAUAACUGGGUCAAACCGCUGUACAAACACAUUCUAAACAUCAAUCAUCCAACGAUGGCCUUUAUAGGAAUUCCUUAUUAUGUUUGUACGACAUUGAUGUUCGAUCUGCAGGCUCGAUUUGCACUCGAGUACUAUUCGGGCCGGAAACCACUUCCAACCCAGACAGUAAUGGUUGACGAUCAGAACACUGAAAUGGAAGCUCGUUGGGUACGAGGUUUGAAGAAACGGCAGGCGCACAUGAUGGGCGGUACCGUACAGGCUGCAUACUACGAUGACUUGGCAAAAACAGCCGGUAUUGAACCGAUUCCACCGGUAAUGGCAAAAAUGCAUAUAGCGAGCAACUGGAGGAAGAAUGAGGAUUUGCAAAACUACAGGAAGGAUGUGUUCCGAGUGUUGGAUGCGGAGAAUUUUUAGAUUAUCUAUGCUGGCGACAAACCGACGAUUCGUGAAGGGUGAAAUCCAGGUGGUGAGAUUCCGCAUUUGGAAGCGAAAGGAUUUGCUUGUAUAAAAGGUCGGUUCGCUUGGUUACAUAAUGUAGCUCCUGGACAUUGUUACACAAGGAUUUUGAUUUUUGUUGAU